GCGCACACCUCGUGCGGUGAAAGCAGUCUGGGUUUGCUCAUGCAGCAGCAUGAUCCCUCGAUCUCCCUGUUAUCGCCACGAGCACCCACAGCAAACUCGAUAUCAAAAGCAAGGCUGGAGUGAUCGAAAGGCCAUGCUCAGCUCAGCUCUUCUUUUGUGUUAGCAACAGCUCUACAAGUAGAUAGAUACUCUGGGAGAUCGCCCGACUAAUUGAAGCGUCGAGAAGUGAAGCGGUCCCCUACAGCCAAGGAGAGCAAACAAGAGCUAUCGUCUGGUCGAGCCACCCCACCACAGCGCAGCCAAGGAUCGACCAGUGACAGCAGUCCUGCACAGCACUACUAGUACUACCAGCUCGGCUCAUCAUUGAGACGUGCCAGGUAUUACUGUACUGAUCCUUCGACGACCUCAAUACGCCAAGCAACGAGACGAACAGCAGCACAGCGGUCGUUGAAAGACUUGGUUGUUUCUAUCCGUCCUGCUUCGUGGAUAGCAUAGCGAUCUUUUCCAAAGAAACCGCUGAAGCCGCCAGAGGUUGGAAUCCUUAAUCAUCCAUCUUUCAAUCAAUCAAUCAACAUAGCACUGGGAGUUUGCACUGCUCUGGUCUUAUUCCGAGUCGAGUUUGUCUGAUCUACAAUACACAACCCUCGCCACCAUGAACUUCCUGAGGAAAGGAACCAAGAGCCGAUCAAAGUCAGGAGGCACCAAGUCGGUCCAUUCUGACGAUGGAGGAAGAGACAACACUAGUUCCCCAUCAAACAGUUUGUCUAUGGACGACACAAUAGAUUCCAUCCUUCCUUCCGCUUGGGACCUAGGUGAAAGCUUCAAAGACAGCAAACUGCAGCUCAGCUAUGAGGCAAACGACUACACGACUGUUUCCAUUCGAAACGCUUCAUCCAUGUCCAGGAUCACUGUUGCAGCAAACCAACCCAUUCCUGCCGCACAGCUAAAAAGACUGGCCAUAAGCAGGCAACAAGCUAAGGAUCCAUUCGCACCCGGUCAUCCAAGCACUACUAGAAGUGCUACAGGGGGAGGGGACAUGGGAACUUUUUCCAAUCUAUUCGGUUCCCCCAGAAGUACCUCUCCUCCCAGAUCAUCUUCCAGAGCAACAACCACUGGAGGACUAUACCCCACUAUCAUGCCCUCAACUAGGAAUUUAAAUUCCAUGGAUAAGAGGCAAGAAGAAGCGGUCAUGGGCAAACUCACAAAAGAUACCCUAUACUUCUUUGAAGUCACCAUCAAGACACUACCUUCUGGCUGUGACGCCGCUGUGGGGUUGGUGCUAGACAAAGUGGGGGCUUCCGCCGGAGAAUUCGUCCCAGGAGAAACCCGUGAUUCCAUUGGCUUGGACUCCAACGGGGUCUUGCGAGUCAGUGGGAAAACCAUCGGACCGGAUGCCUUGGAAUUGGGCAUCAUGAACACCGGGAAGAUUGAAGGGUUUGGGGAGGGAGAUAUCAUUGGCUGCGGACUAGAAGUCACGGGGCUGAGACGCGUACUCUUUACUAAGAAUGGACGAUCAAUUGUACCGCCAACACGCUUUGGUGAACUCGAUACAAAAAAGCUAUUGCUGAGUCCGGCCUUUGGAAUGAAAGUUAACCGCAACCAGACGGCAGUCGCAGUUGGAAACUUUGGAAUCGAACACAACAAACCCUUCAUUUGGGCACAAACGGCCUACCUGGCUCACAAACCAGCCUUCGAAAGCUCUGGGAAUAAUAGUACUCCAUAUCGGACUAAACCAAAUCGACAACAGUCGGCUCCGGCGGCAUCACAAAUACCACCACCACAGCAUCAACAACAAACACUUCCACGGUCACCAAAAUCGGAGCGGAAUCCAGGUGGCGGAGACAGACAAUCAACGUCCCAUUCACCAGCUUCGGGCUCAUUCGGACGAAGCCAGAGAACGGGACAGACUUCGUCAGCAGCGGCUGUAAAAGAUGAAGAUCCAAAGCAAGACGUAAGGAAUUCACACCGAGGACAGAGCUCAACUAGCAGUUCCCAACGAGCACAAAACCCGACGAGCAGUUCCCAGCGCGGACAAAAUCAAAUGAGCAGUUCUCGAAGGGGGCAAAAUCAAAUGAGUGGUUCGCAACGUGCCCCCGCUCCAAUGCGAGGUUCUGAACGAGGGCAGCAUCCAUUAACAUCUCUUGGAACACGUGCGCAACGAAACUUGAUGGAUGAGAGUAACGGUGAUGAUGAAAAGGGAGAGGAUUCGUAUGGUGAAAGAAUGCAAGGUUCAUUGGACAAUCUAGAUAACGAAUGGCAAUCCAAAGAACGUGUGGAAGAGGAAUCGGGUUUCAUGUCAACAAAUUCAGGAGGCGAUAGAUCGAUGGAAUUUGCUGCUAUUCAUGAACAGGAAGACGAGCAGGACUGCCAUGAUCCGUUUCUCGCUGGGCCAUUGGGAUCAAGUCAGGCUCGACCUUCAGAGGGUUUCCCGGAGGAGGAGAAGAACGAGAUCGACGAGUCGACUCGGAGAGACUACAAUGCCCCUGCUGGAGCUGCUCUCGAGAAUUCUGAACUGGAAGGCAUGAAAGAAAAUGUAAGCACGUUGCGGUCUCUAUGCAGAGAUAACACUGAAGUUGACGCGUCAGUGCUGGAGAGUCUACUUGAUAUGUGCAGAGCCGACCAACAGACUGUAAAAGUUGCAUUGGACAAGGCCAUGACUGAUUACGAUCCGAACGUGGACCUCAUGGAACUUAUUGGUCUAAAUGAGCUGGUCUUGGAGGCUGUCACGCUGGGAGAGGAUACACUCAAAGAUGCAAGGAAAAAAGCAGCCGAGACCCCUCCUCCAAAAUCAAACAGUACCCUUGAUCUGGACAUCAACGGACUUAUCAGGAAGAAAGAUGUAUUUAGUCUCAUCUGCAUCUUGCGUGCACAGAGUGAUCAGAGACUAGAUGCAGCCCUCGCUCUGAUGGAAUUUGCCAGGGACGGAGAACGGCCCGAGGAGGGAGGAAUUAGUUUGAGAGAUGAAAUUCGGUCUUCUGGAGGCAUGCAUUCAUUACUUCAAGUCUUCCGGGCAAAGGGGACAAGCUACGAGUUAAGAGUUGUUUCUGGUAUGGCUGUUGCUUACGUCUUACCUUCCUUCGCCGAGACGUCUCCGAGUGUCGGCCUCAAGAUCAUGGAAUGUCUUCGUUUUUUGAGUAUAUCGCGUGCGGUGAGUCCCAACAGUGUUAAGAUAUCACAACAGAUGAUGUUCAGAGCUUCUGCCAUGGGCGUAACUGCUUUUUGGAUGAACGCGCUCGAGCCAAUGCUCAACCAUCCUUUGAGUGGAGCAGACGAAGCCGACGGAGAACGUGCCGACCUUCAAUUAAUAAACAACAGCUCCAACGGCAUUACCACAGCCGCCGGUAUCUUUGACCAAGGACAUCAAACGCUGGAACUUCAAGAGCUUCUCGAGAUGACUGUGUCUCUGAUCGUUCACAUUGAAAAGAAAACCGAUGCUGACCCAGUGAAUGGAAGUGACCCUCACUCUAAUGCUGCGAUGUCUGUUUGGAGGUACACAAACAUAGAGCAAGUAUGCACAGUUGAUGUCGCAAGACCAAUUGCUGUCCGUGAGGGCCUUCUACCUAUCCUGGUUGAUUGGAUCAAAUCAAAGGACCAAGAAAAGGUUCGCCCUGCAGUUUCAGCGCUUCGGUAUUUGACAAACAUCAAGGACAAAUACAUGGCUGGUUGGAUCCACUCCCAAAUGGUCAACGAGGGGGCAUUGGCAGAAGUAAUCAAGCUGGCGGAUGACUAUAAUGCUGGUCAUGAUGUGAGGUUGGCGGUUGCGCAGAUCCUUGCAUCUCUUUGUGUUGCGCCUCACACUAGAGCAGCGGUGGUGGAAGCAAAGUGUAUGUUCUACCUCAUUGGUUUCCUCUAUGAUCACUCGGAUAAGGCAUCGGAAGAAGUUGCCUUGUUCGCAGGACGUGCCAUCACGCAGUUGGCAGCUGGGGCAAUCACAAGGGCGAGCGUCUUUGGAGGCGGCGACCCCGAGAUUCUAGAUUUUGUGUCUCCGGACAAACGUGAUUCUCUGGUAGAUGACAUUGUCAACAGCGGUGCUAUCGGUUCGUUCAUUGCGAUUGCACAAGAGAAUGACGGUGAGCUAAGGGCUAUGGCAAUAGAAGCAAUUAGGGUACUCAGCGAGGACAGAAGUCCAAGCCGGCGCACCAGGCUUCAGUUCGUGGAAGAAGGGGCAGCCCGAGCACUGGGGAGGGCGCUGCACUUUGACAUUGGUAGAAUGCGACAAGCUCUGAGGGUCGCUACAAUCGGUGGACGUGGAGAAGAUGCGUACAAAGAGUUUUCUUCUGUUCUCGAUGCAGUAUUUAUGGAAGUACACGAUGCUUUGUGCGGCAUGGCUAAUAUCAUGGAACCCAUUGAAGAACCAAAGACGCCUGGCCCAGAUUUGAUGAGAGCUUCGUCGAAUUAUGUGGCACCAGAGAACAUUUUGAACCAGGGGUGCAUAGAAACAGCAGAGAGUGGGGGUCUCGUCAGUCUUUUACGGGUGUCGACGAUGUCGUUGACGGUUCCUCAGCUCCACGGUUUUGCGGAUCUCUCGACACGAACUAAUGUGCUCCUACGAGAGGCCUGCCGCUCACUGUCGUCGCUUGCCCCGUUGCUACUCACCGGAGGAGCUGCGCAGGAAGGUUACGGUAGAUGGUCUGGGUCGAUUCUCGAUGCAUUCAACAAAAUACUAGCCGCAGCAGUGGUGGAAGGGGGGGAAGAUCUCGGCUCGAAGCAGGAGUUAUACAGUGUUCUUUGCGGUCUGGACGCCCUUGCAGAAUCUGAACCGUUGAAGAUUCGGAUGGUGGACAAAACGUUGCCUUCGAUUGUGCAACUGAAGAAUUCGCAAACAGACCAUAGCGACAUUGCCAACGUUGCAGGUCAAGUUUUCUUUUCCCUUGGAUUCUCUGAGGACGAGAUUGCUGUUCAGGUUGCUGGAAGCAAUCCCAACCUGCUUGCUGAUUGGUUCUGCCUGCGGCGUUCCCUCAUCAUUCAGGCCAUGGUGCGCGCUGAAAUGCGGAGGAUUCUGGCAGCAAUUUGGUGCCGACCAUUCGCAGAGAUCGAAAAGUCCGGAUUCGUGAGGCAUGAAACUCAGCGGAAUGCCGAAGAACCGCUAGAUGCGCUUUCCGAGUUGGAUCUAUUCGACAAUUUUGCAGAUGACGAAGAUACUUACCACGAACGAGAACUGAUGCUGCGACAAUAUAGAGACGCCUACGAUAGCGGGGACGCAGACGACACGGAAAUGCGGGAAAUCGAGGAGGAAUUCGCUGCACAACAGGAUGGUGUACAUCUGCUAGCCAAGCAAGUUUAUCCCCUCAAUGAUGAAUUGGCAGAAAUCGAUUGGAUUCUGAGCCACGAAAGAUCAGUUUAUGAUGGAAUUGAACACGACGAAGCCGUGUUCAUGUCCCUGUCCUUGCCACAACACCUAGAGGAUGUCUUGGACUGCUGUAUCCCAUCUCGCUUGUUGCGAAGCCACCUUCUUCCAGUCUUUAACUUCAGGCCUGAAGCAUCUUUCAACUUCCGAACGUUGAUGAUGCCGCAGAGGCAGUACUUCUCAUUCCGAAGAGAAGGCCAAAUGGUGUCUCGUCUGUGUGACAUUCAACCUGAAGCCCUGGCUUUCGACGACGUGCAUUGGUCACUGGGAUUCACAAACAGCUCCUUUGCCGGCGAAUUCUCAGAGUCACUUGUUCAAGCCCUAUAUCUGUGUCCGACAAUUCGUAGUCUCACUUUUGCCAGAGAUAUUGGCUUUCAAGGACAACACGAGAUAACAACGGAAGAAAGUGAUGGCGAGGGAGGGAGUGUGCUUCUAGCGAAAUUAGUUGGGUCACUGCCGCCAUGGAUCGAUUUCUUGACUUUCAAGAAUAUAUUCAACGACCGCGAAUUGCGGACGCUGAUAGCCAUCAUUGAAACCAUGGGAAAGCUCUCGGCGGAUCAGGACCAUUCACCAAACGACGACGUGACGUCCUCACGUGGGAAAGGGCGAUUUUGGAGCUUUAGUAUCACUCACUCUCCGCAUGUCACGGGGACAGUUUGGCAAAUGUUCUUCAGCCUGUUGGGGCGCUCGCAGGCAAUUGCAAAUCGAGCUUCAGUAUCUCCGCUGUCAUCCUUGAUGUUCCUUGAUUUGCGUUUCAACGACCUCGGCGAUGCUGCUUGUGCCCUCAUCUUGGACUUGGUACACGAUUCUGACUCGGGAUGCUUCCUUGAGCAGCUCGACCUGUCAGGCAACAGGAUCGGUAAGGGUGCGAGGUGUGUAAAGGCAUUGCGUACGUACGUGGAGAAACACCGAUUCAUCCCAAUACUCGAACGAAAAGGCUGGGGAUCUCGCUUGCACACCCUGAAUUUGUCCUCAAAUGGACUUGGUGUCGGACAAGGAGCCGUUGAAAUCCUUGCGCUCCUCAAGUAUAACGCGCUGGGACUCAAAGUGCUAGACCUGUCCGACAACGCCAUGUACCAUGGAGACGAUGACUACCAAUUCAGCCAUCUUUUGGCUUCCUCCCUUCGAAGAAAUACUAAUCUUUGCCAGCUGAACCUGUCGAAAAACAGGCUGAGUUCCUACGUUAUUGAUGACGUCCUUGAAAGGCUGACGAACAGACCAGGAGCAUCGCGACUGUCGUUUCUGGGACUUGAAGAGAAUCUGCCUCCAAUGGCCUCGCACCAGAGAGCUGGAUUCGAGGACAUCUUGAUGAAAACACGAGCCGCAACUUUGCAGAAGGCAAUGAACGACAUCGCAGUCUUCGAAGAGGAUAAUGGAUUGGAUGAAGACUGGGUUGAUGAGUUGAAGGUUGACGAGGAUACUUCACUUACCAGUAAAAAGAACCAAAAGACAGUCGUUGUCCCUGGAAGCAGCCCAACAAAUGAUGUGCCCGUCAGAGAAGGGGCCCGUGGCGACAACAUGAUCACGGUGCUGUUUUCGGCACCUCUGGUGUUUGCAGAUGACCAGAAGAAGUUACGACCCUUCAAGAAGCUGGACUUUGACAUGGAACGUGAACUCAUGUGGCAGUGCAUGAAAGAGGCUUCCAGAGAUAUCGAGCUUUCUUUUGACAAUGCGACUCAUGACCGACUGCUUGCUGCCAUGACAAAGCGAUGUAGUUGCUUGCACUACUCAGGCCAUGGGCAUCAAAUGUACCUUCCAUUUGAGGAUGGAAGGGGCGGGCCAAACUGGUUCAAUGUGGAAGACAUCCAAAGGCUGAUUGCUCGAGAAGGAACAGCACCUUUCAAGUUUGUGUUUGUAUCAGCAUGCCACUCUGGUUUGGCUGGGGCAACAUUUGCUUCGGCUGGGGUCCCUCAUGUUGUUUGCUGUCAGCAAGAGUUUGAACUGAAGGAUACUGCAGCACUGGCUUUCACCCGCCAAUUCUACUUGUCCUUGGCAAUUGGGCAUACUGUGAGGGAAUCGUUUGAACAGGGCUGCAAGGCAGUGAGAGCAACCCCGAACCUACGUGAUGCCGAGAGUGAGAUGAAGAAGUUCUUGCUCCUCCCCAAAGAUGGCAAUCAUGAUGUGCCAAUCUUGAAUGCUGUUUCUGUGCCAGAGUGGCCAAAGCUCAAGGGGCAGCAGAACUCCCGACGGUCGUACAGGAAAAGUCGGGCUGCACCUCGCAUCCGAAGCAUGUAUGGAGCAGGAACCAAGCAGUCGGAGCUUGGUGUUCGCAACAUGAUGCAAGAGGAUCCAUCCCCCACUCCACCCCAGUUCUUUUUGGGUCGUGAGGUUGAAAUGUACUGGAUGCUCAAACGCAUCCUUGACACCCGGUUGGUCAGUGUCGUUGGCGAACCUGGAGUUGGUCGGUCAUCUGUUGUAUGUGCUCUUUGCCACUAUGUUAAUGAGCGUGCAAGCACGAUCAUUGCCAUUGAGAAGAUUUACUUUGUCAAAGCGAAACAUGGAAGACGACAAGACUGCUGUCGGGCGCUCUUAGAGCAGACCCAACGCAAGAUUGUCGAGCACGAGGUAGGCAAGGGAGAACCACCCGAGAGAGGAGCAGACAUGGAGGACAUCUUUGAGUAUAUCUGCAAGUCAUUGAAGAACGAAAAGGCCCUGCUCGUGUUUGACAGAAUGGAGCAUCUUGAAAACUCUGAUGAUCAACAAGAGUUUCCCAUGUUCCUGAGCAGUUUGUUCCGGGGAACCAAGAACGUGAAAGUCCUAUUGACUGGCCGACGACAGCUGGGUAUUCCUGCUCUUGGUGGUCAGGUCGAACAAACAAUUGAAUUGGGUCCUUUGAACUUUGAGAACACUGUUCGCUUGUUUUCGAAUCUCUGCCCGCAUCUGCACACGGAAGGUGAGAGAUACAAGCUUUAUCAGAGACUAGUGCGGGAUUAUCGACAGGCAGAACUGCGGCCUAGUGAUCCCGGGGUCGAGGAGAGAACGAAAGAAAUCUUUAGUGUGCUCGGAGGUGGGGUACCAUCCAAAAUCGAAAAAGCCGCCUAUGACAUUUCACCCGAACGGCUACAGAACAUGGUCAAUUCCUAUUAAAAAGGUUUCCCUCUGGUUUGCCAAUUGUAACAUAGAAUAGAGCACUGUAAAGAAGAAGCUCUGCUUAGUUUACUUGAUAGGACCGUGCCGACAUCGCCACGAGGUAGCGAGUGUCCAACUGGGGAUUGUCUCAACUUGAACAGAAUGACAAGGUUGGUCGACGAAUGCGGCUCGGCUCUACCGUACCCAACACGAGGAUACUCCGUUUGCAAACAGUUUUAACUAUUAAGUUUCUAUACAGAUCUGAACGUAUCACCCUCAAAUGCACAAAAGAAUCCCCGGUCUUCCUGCAGUGCUUAGGUAAUUUCGACAGUCAUAUUGUCGUCGUCAUUUGACUCUGACAUGUCGUGUGCAUUAGCUUGCAUGCGCCGGGCCCCUCUGAUCAUAGUAGAAUCCCCAGUUCUUGACGGUAUUUCCAAAACUACACAAUCUACAUCUCCUCGCAUACCCGUUGGAUCCGACGGGUCAAUACCGACGCUUGUCGCUGCGCUAUCUUCCAUCCAAGAGGCGCCUUCACCUCGGGCUCGUCUGUUUUGCAUGACCAACCAGAUUCUCAGUGCCAGCAAGGUUAGCGCAAACAGCGACACAUAUGUCCAAUACCAAAAGAAAUGAUCCCUGCCCGAUCGGAAAUUCUGGUCAUACAGGUGCAUACCGCUGGCAAUCUGGAAGACACCAACGAGGAGCAUGAUGAUACCCGUCGAACGAUGAAUCAUAUGCCACCACUCUCUGGCCGAUUGUGGUUUCUGUAAGGAAAACGGUUGCCUCUCCACUGGAGCUCCAUCCUCCUUCCUUGCUACCGGCGGCCUCAAAAAUCCGUUGCCAACUUGAAAUGUGUAGGCCAAAAACAGCAGGACGCCGACAACAUGAUGACCCUUCGAGAAAUGACUCGUGCUAUUUCUGGAGCUCACCGCAGCAACACCCACUAGCACCGCCAACAGUGUCAGCAGAAACGUCAGCAAAUUAAACGACACGUGAACGUAAAUCCAUGUGGUUGGUAUCAGUUGUCUGAACCAUGCCAUGCCAACCGCAAGUGGCAUGGAAAAUCCCCAGGCGAUUGCAGCCAUGAUAGCAUGAGCUGUGAGGGCUCCUUUCGCUUUGUUGUCGGAGUCGGAAAUUUGUGCAUUGGUGUUGUAGCCCGGUGGCAGAUCAACGCACUCGGAAAGGUCCAGUUGGAAAGCACCACGAUGCCUGUGGUAGCCCAUUUCGUUCCCCGAGCCGACUGCAAAAGAGAAGUAAUUCAGCCCCUUGGGUUUGAUAUCAAUUUCUCUCAACCCAUCUUGCAAAGCUUUGGUGAAUCGAAGCGUCGUCAGACCAGGGUUUCCGCGUUCUUGAUUGAUGUACGCUUCGAUCAAAGUCUGAUCAGCCAUGGGCACCGUGCCCACGGCAGAUUUUGCUGUAAUGUUGUAUUUCAAUUGCGGCGAGUCUUUCGUCUUUGGGAGUCCAAUGAUGCCGGUUGACGAUGUACCGUGUGCCUGAGAAGAAUCUUGGAUUCCAAAUCCCAACCAAGCCUGCCCUUUGUACUGAAGGACCACGGUGAUUGAGGGAACCUCUCCGAAUUCGGCAAAUUCCUCCUCCUUGACAGCGUUUACCGUCCAAUGCAUCACGAGUUCGGGAGUCAGUUGGAUGCUCUUGCCACUUUUUUGAAAGACUUCGGACGAACAUCGUCCCACAAUGACAGGGGCAGGAAAUGGAUUUACAUUGGUGCUACUGGUACUGACUUCCCUGCUUUCUGUCGUACUCUGCGGCUGUGGUUGCGGCUGUGUUGGCUGAGGAGCGGGGGCCGGAACUGUAGCUGGCGUCUGACCUUCUGCUUCCCCUUCGACCACCUUGGCAAAAUCUACCGUCAUGGCUCCAAAAUCGCGAUGCAUGCCAAGUGUGGGCGUGGCCGUAAGAGCAUUACCCACUGCCCACAGAAAUCUAUUUUCGCCAUUGACCCAAAUUUCUGAUUCCAAUGGAAUAUCCUCCUUGAGCAAUUUCGCAAAGGUCAAGGAGGUUGUGUAAACUCCCGUGUCGGGAUCGUGCGAUUGCAUCAUUUUGGACGCUUUCAACGUUUGUUGCUCGAGCGGCAAUGCCUGAACAAACCCAGUUGUGUGAUUGUUAUUGACUCCGAGGGAAUAUUUUUCUACCUUUUCACUGGGCAGUAAACCAAUCACCGCAUAUGUGUUUUGCAUGAGCAUCCAUGUCGAUGUAUCGGCCGGAUUGGGGAAUCCAAAUCCCAGCCAAGCCGGAGCCGCCUCGACGAACUUGGUUGUGUGUACCAGUCGCCCCGUGAAGAUUCCCGUAUCUUCAUCGGGGGAUUCCCAACGAAAAAUGACAUCUUGUUCCAAUUGUACUUGAAAGUCGAACUUGGGAUCUGUCGAUACAGCGGCUUGUGUGGUGCCAUCAAUAAUACUAAUGGAAGCCACUGGUGCCGGGGUGGUCCCUGGCGGUGGCGAGUGACUACUGGCAGCAUCGUACAGAUCCAAUCGAAAGGCUCCGUAUUCGCUAUGCAUGGUCAAUGCCGUAGCUCCGGGUGGUCCCAUUGCCCAAAUGAAGACGUUGUCUCCCAAUCCUAGAAUGGGUGGUUCAGUUGGAUGUUGUUCGGUCAUGCUCUUUGUGAAAGAUAGGGUGGUGUAUACGACUCCUUCAUUGGUAUUGGUGAAUUGCAAGAAGGAAGCUUCGGACAAAGUUUGUUCGGGCAGUGGUUGUAUGACUCCCGGUUGAUCAUGAUUGUAUCCCAAUUUGUAUAUGAUGGGCGUGCUGGUGGCUUCUGCUUCCCAUGAUUUUCCAAUAAUGGCGGUGGAUCGAUUCAUGAGGAAAUUGUUGGGCGUGACGGGUCUUGGAUUGCUGGGUACAUCGUAGAAUCCUAGACUGAGCCAAGAGGGAGCUGUGGCCAUGGAUUCAGCUUUGUGUUCGAGUCUGGCUUUGAGUUCUCUGGAUGUUCCUGGAUUGGCCCAGUAGAAAAUGAGGUUGUUGUCCAACUGUACCUGGAAAUCAAAGUCACUGUAUGGGCUUUCUUGUGCCGCGGAGUGAUCAAUCUGUUGCAGUGUCGCAGUGGCGUUGACAAUAUUACUAAUCCCCGCUGCUGGUCUUGGAGCCGGAGUUUGUGGAGCCGGAGUUUGUGGGGGUGGCGCUGGUACGGGAGUGGUAUCGACAGUGCCAGGAUUAGGACUAUCGGCAGCAGCUGGUGUAUGAGUUUGUUGAAAAUCGAGUCGAAAGGAUCCUCGUUGGUCGUGCAUUCCUAGCGUAUCCAUGCCGGGCGGUCCAAUGGCCCAUGUGAAAAUGUUUUCUCCGUUCUCUCGAAUGAGAGCUUCGUUGUUAUUGGUAUUUCCCGUGGCCGAGGCCUCGUCCAUGUUUUUGGAAAAUGUGAGAAUGGUUCGAAUGGCCGGAGUCCCGUCGUGCAGUGUGACAGCGCCUUGUUCCAUAUUCUGAAAGAUGAGUGUCUGUUCGUCAGUGGACAUCAAGGAGACUCCUCCAUUGAGGUUGUUGCCGUUGACUCUUCCAUGAGGGUCUCCCAGAGAGUACUUGAAAACGGCCGGUGUGGCCAAGAAGUAGGUUCCCACGACGGCCUGUCCAUUGACUUGGUCGAGGACAUUGUCAAAGAUGGGGACUGUAUUGCGCAACGAGUCAAAGAACCCAAUCGCCAGCCACGAGGGUUCGUUGUCUUGUACCUUGGUGGUGUGUUCCAGCGAUGCGCUCAAGAUGCCAUCGGCAGGUUCAUCCCAACGAAAGAUCAACACGUCAUCGAGAGGAUCACUCGAGGUAUUCUCCAAAACCACUUGAUAGUCGUAAUUGGCGUUGUCAAUACUCGCCGUCUUUUUGGCUGUCGCAUUCAAGAUCGUCACACUCCCUUCCACCACAGAUACGUGUACAGCCAUGCACAACAAUAACAGCAACAUGUAGGAACUCCUCCUUCCUCCCCACACCAAACAGUCACGACCCAUUUUGAUUCUACAGGUACUACUUCUUGUAGUGCUCUUGGAUGAUUCUUUUCUUGUAGUAGCAGCUGUACACUCUUCUUGAUCCUUACAGUUGUAGUGGUCUUUUAUCUCAGGUAGUACUGGUAGUAGCGGCGAUACUGCUUGUUGUUCCAGGGUACAUGUACAUCCAUGCAGCGCCAUGGUCACAAGCAAACUUACUUUUGGAACGCAACCUUCGGAAAUUGGUGAGAGAAAGCUGCAGAAGUGCAGAAGGCUCGGUGUUGGAUUGACAAAAGCUCCUUAUUUCUUUUGUUUGAAUGUCUAACUGAGCCUUUAAGUAAGCUGCAUGACCCAAAGCCUCUUGCGCACAAAGAGAUUACUAUGUUUGCAAUAAGCGCAAGGUUAGGGUUGAGGGUCACCUCAAAAUCCAACCUCAACGAUGCCUGU